AACUACUACUCUACAACAAAGUGUUUUAUAUUAUAGUUUCUAUAUAUAACUCUAUGGUGUUAUACAAUCUCAAGAGGCCCAUAAUACUACAUAAUAUGUAAUCUUUGGAAACCUUGUCCUAAAAAGGCAUGCCAGUGCCACGCCCAGUAGGACGAACUAUGACCAUUUGAGCUUCCAGACCGAAAAGAUCUUGGGAUUGAUAAAAAUUAAAAUGGAGAACUUUUUCAUGCAUCUCAAAUUAUUCAUAAAAAACAUAACUGUUGAACCAUUAAUGUUUAUGUACAUGAUGGCAAUUUUUAUUAGCUAUCCUACAUUCCAAGCUUUAUUGUAUCGAAAAAUUUGUGUGAGAAAUUUCAACCAAACAUUUUGUGAUGCCUUAAGCAACUUUUCUGAUUCUGAAGGUCUCAACCAUACACAUCAAAUAGAAGAAGAUUUUGUGCAAACAGAAACAUCUCAUUGGAUAUUGUUAAACAAUGUUGCAACCACUGUCCCCUCCUGCAUUUCUGUGUUAUGCUACUUGGGUCCAUUAGUGGAUGUUAAUCACAAAAAGGCUAUCUUAACAACUCUUUCUGUGUCUAUAUUACAAGCUCUUUCAAACCUCAUUGGUUCUAUAUUUCUCUACAUACCCGAAAGCUACCUUUUGAUUGGAUCAAUUUUAAACGGACUUGGUGGAGGAUUUAUCGCUAUGAUGAUGGCAAUUUAUAGUUAUAUUACAAUCAUAACGACAUAUCGGAAUAAAACUUAUCGUAUUUCAAUUGUGGAGUCCAUGAUAUUUGUAGCAGGAUUUUUAGGCGUUUUUACCUCUGGCUUGAUGAUUGAUAAAUUAGGUUUUAUAUUUACAUACAGUUUUAUAAUUGGUUUAUUAGUUUUAUCUGUGUUUUAUGUCUUAAUUCGGUUACCAUCCAGUAUAUCUAUUGCUGGUACUGAGAUUAAAUUUGAAGAAAAUGAGGGAAAAUUUUGCCAACGUGUUUUCGAGAAAUUAUCCAGUAUGAUAAAAUUUGUACGUAAGGAACGGGAAGAGAAAUAUAAGUUAUAUAUUGGACUGAUGAUUCUUGUCAUAUUGAUUCUACAGUUUGCAACCUCAGGUGAAAAUGAUGUGAUGUUUUUAUAUGUGACUCGAGCACCAUUAUCCUGGUCUAGAACUCUAUAUGGUUAUUUUAAAGGUUCAGAGAAUUUUUUACGUGGAGCUAUGUUAUUAACAGUUUUACCAGUUUUAAAAUUUAGAUUUCAUUUACGAGAUACAAGUAUCAUUAUUAUUGGUCUAAUAUCAAAGUUUGUUGGUUUUAUAUUUUACAGUUUUAGAAUAACAGAAGUUAUUUUUACUGGAGCUGUAAUGUCAAUGUUGAUGGGUUUUCCUUCAGCAGGUUUACGUUCUCUUGUCAGUUCACUAGUUGAUAAAAAUGAACAUGGUCGUUUGUUUGGUUUGAUAGCAUCAUUAGAGAGUAUUGCCUCCUUAAUUGCCACUCUCCUGUUCAAUGAGGUUUAUCCAGCUUCACUGCCAUUUUUUCCAGGAUUAUGUUUUAUUCUGGCUGCUGUAAUUGUUUGUGUUGGUGGAUGUAUUGUAUGGUGGCUACAUAUGAACAUUACAACUAAUACUGGUCACUAUGGUAACCUAGAAGUUUCCAAUUCCACUGUUAAUAGUGAAAGUGAGGAUGGUGUUGUAAAUUAAAACUUUAUCAAGGUUUUACACUAAAAUCGGCCAAAAUUGAUUUUAAAAUUUGAUUAAUAUUUUCAAAUACAUAUAUUUUAUUUUCUGAAAACUGUGUAUAUUGCACUUGCUCCAAAAAUAAAAAAUCUAAGAUG